GCAACCCUAUUUAAAGCGAUAUUGUAGUUUUCGAGAAAUUAUUUCGAAAAUGACGCCUGGGACGCAAAUUACGAGCGACAGCGACAUGGACACCGUUCUGGAGGAGUUCAAGCAGCGCCAUGAGCGCCGGAACAGCAUCGGAUCCGCCAAGUACUCCUGCAGCGUGCCAGAAUGCGGAGCCACCUUCAAGCGGCUGGACCAAUUGGACCGGCAUGAAUAUCACCACACGGGAAUUAAAAAGCACGCCUGUGCGUACGAGGGCUGCGACAAAACGUACUCCAUAGUAACGCACUUGAAGAGGCAUCUGCGGAGCACCCAUGAGCGGCCGGAUGCGACGGUCAAGAAAACCGUGAAGUGCGCGCUUGAAGAGUGCAGCAAGAUGUUCAUCUCGGUCAGCAAUAUGACCCGCCACAUGCGAGAAACCCACGAAAGUCCACGGGUCUAUCCGUGCAGCCACUGCAGCGCCAAGUUCUCGCAGAAACUCAAGCUGAAGCGCCACGAGAUCAGGGAGCACACACAGGAGUAUCCCUUUACCUGCUCGAAAUGCUCGCGCGGAUUCUACCAGGAGUGGCAGUGCCAGAGUCACGAGCCCAGCUGCAAGCAGUACGAGUGUCCCGGUUGUCCAAAGAAGUUCGACAAGUGGUCGCUAUACACGAAGCACUGCCGGGACACGUUGCACGGCAAGAAUCGCCACAAAUGCGACCGCUGUGAGUGCGCCUUCGACAAGCCCAGCGAUCUGAAGCAGCACAUCGAGGUGAAGCACAAGGAGGCAAAGAAACAGGAGGAGGAGACAUCAUUCACCUGCACAGAGGAGGGCUGCGGCAAGAGCUACUCGUACCUGAGGAAUCUCCGCCAGCACAUGCUGACCGCCCAUUCGGGCAGGCGUUUCGAGUGCCAGACCGUGGACUGCGGACGCUGCUUCAGCAGUGCCCAGAAUCUGGCGAAACAUCUGCUCAGGGAUCACAAGGAUGGCAAGGUGAAGAAGGACAAGAAACCUAAGGCUACGGAGUCCAAUCCACGCAAGCGAAGACGCGAUGCCGGACGCAGCAAACACUCGCAGCUGUCCAAGCUGGCCUGUUUGCAACUGGACAAGGAAGAGGAGGAGGCGGUGCGUGAACGGGAACCCUUAGCUCUUGAAAAGGUCACACAAUCGUUGCAGGAUGACCCCGUCGAGGAGUUGCUGGCACAAACCCUUCAAGAUGAAGAGGAAGUGAAUUAGAAGAUCGGGUCAAAACCAACAACUCUGAAAAUUCCGAAUAUUCGAUAAAUUGAGGCUAAACAAAUUAAGUAUACUUUCAAAAAGGACACUGAACCUUGAAGACAAGCUGAAAUUGGAGUACAAAAGACGGUAAGCUCAAUAGUUUAAUAAACCUAAGGAAACUGCUAGUAAUUUAACACCAACCAAUUAAAGAAACAAGAAAUCAAGCAGAAUUUUCAAGAUACUGCCAAAGAGACAAGAACUUAAACAGAUAUGACAAGAUAAAUAGCAAAAACUGCAGAACAUCCGAACGCGAAUGAAGUUACCUUUUACCUAUAUUUAAUCAUCAAAGGCAGACUUUAGAAUGUAUAAUAAAUUAAGUUUAGACUUCUCCCUCCUUAUUAGUUAAUGGUUGUGAAUUAAGCCUAAGUUUACAUGGAGAGAAUUAUUUUUGUCGCCGCCUGGAGCGGUUUAAUAUUCUAUUUCUUAAUUUUUCUUUUGUGUACUUUAAGCUUCUGAGAAUCCCAUUCCGACUAAAACUAUUAUUUUAUUGAAUCCCUGACAACCAGACGUCUGUAAAUAUGCGAAGUAAGAACCACUCAUGUGGAUUUAAAGUAAUAUUAUUUAUAAAAUAUA